UCUGCUGUACUUUUGACCUGUUCGACUUCGACUAACAACCAUUGACAUCUCCAAACUUCUUUGAUGAAAGUUGAAUUCGUCUUCAGAAAUUGACACCAGCUCGAUUACCUAGCUCCCACCUACCAUGCAUAUCUCCGCCGUCCUCCUUUCCCUCCCCGCCCUCUCCUUCGCCCACUUCCACCUCCUCUUCCCCCCCGUGCGCGGCUCCUUCGACGCCGGCUCCUUGGACCAGUACCCCUGCGGCGGCCAGAACACCGUCGGCGACCGCACCGACUUCCCCAUUUCCGGCGGCCCCAUCCAGAUCGACAACGAGCACACCGAGUCCAAGAUCCAGGUGCUCCUGGCCCUCGGCGAGAACCCGACCGGCGAUGACUUCGUCUACGUCAUGCUGCCGACCAUCUACGCGCAGGGGCCGCAGGAGUUCUGCAUGGGCAUGGUGGGCGCGCCGGCGGAGGCGAAUGUGACGGAGGGGACGAAGGGGACGAUCUCGGUGGUGACGAGCGGGGAUUCGAAUGGGGGGUUGUAUCAGUGUGCGGAUGUCACUUUCGUCAACACUCCGCUGCCGGAAGCCGAGUACAACGAUAACUGCAAGAACGCCACGGGCAUCCAGGUUUCUUCAUCAAAUGGGAACGCGAACGGUUCGAGCUCAGCUACUUCUCCAUCAUCCAGCAGUGAUGGCGGUGCCGCCGCAUCGCCAACGUCGACGCCUGGUGCCGCCUCUGUCAACGGUCUGGGUCCUGCCCUCGCGGUUGCGGUGGGAGCCAUGGGUAUUGCUGCUCUAUUGUAGAUUGAUUGUUCUUAUGGGAGUGUGGAGCAGGUUUCUAACGUGCCUGGCUCGAAUCGAGGUUGAUUGUGGGAUGAAUCAUGAAUGGUGUCAACACGC